UUUAACAGAUCGACAAAGAAGCGCGAUAUGUCUAUCAAAGUGUUAUCCUUUUGUGUGGUGCUUACACUUGUUGUUGUGCUGGGCAGCGCGCAGCGUCAAUAUAAUCAGUUUCUGGACAAUGCCUACUAUAGGAAUUUGUAUUACACGAAUCGGGAUUUAUAUAAUCGCUACUAUGGCAGCGGCCUCAAGAACUAUAAUCCAGCAGUAGCCAGCGCACAAGCACGCACUGUGGCUGAGUCGAAUGAGCCCAAUACAGGCUCUGGAGCCUAUGCUUACAGCUAUGAGACUGAGAAUGGCAUUCAGGGCGAGGAGCGUGCCGUGCCGGUUCACUAUACCAAUGGCGUGCAGGAGCAAGUGGUCGAUGGCGCCUAUUCCUUCAUAACGCCAGAGGGUCUGCGCGUGACUGUGAAAUAUCAAGCUGAUGCUAAUGGUUAUCGUCCUGUGAUUACCUAUGAUGGCGUCAAUGCUGCCUUAUAUGCCAAUCAACCAGCUUCAGCUGGCGUUGUCCAUACACGGCAUUAGUCAAACAUAUACGAGUGCAUGUAUACUA